GAUAUGGACCCAGUCUCUAUUUUCGAGGAUGCCCUUAAGGGAUUGGCUACCAAGGACCUGAAUGACAGCGUCGCAUCUACCCCGGAAAACGUCAAAAAGGAGGAGCCUAAACCUGAAACCCCUGCCCGCCGAAAUCCUUUGAUCACAAACUCGCCACUUUCCACCGCCCUCACUUCAGAUGCGCCUCCACCGGCCGAUGACGCAAACAACGAUAUUAUUCUCAGUGCGCUUAUCAAGGCGGGAAUAACUCCUUCCUCCUUGAAAUCAGAAACUCGCCCACAUACAGUACCCCAACCAACAACGCAGACUAUUGCCCAACCUGCUAAUGUCAAGGUGCUUAGCGCCAAGGGUGCCACUGUUUUUAAAAUUGUUCCUAGUCCGUCUAGUGGUGCUAGUUCUCCAGGUCAGCAGCAGUCGCUCAGGAUGGCUAGUCAGCUAAUUAGGAGGGUCACAAGUGAAAACGGUACAAUAAUAACUCAGAACUCCCCUCGAAUGCCGAAUAUUAUUAGAAAGAGACCACAACCAUUCUCCGAAAGUCUUGGGCACCCGGCAUCGAAGUUGCGAAGGACAGCGAAUAGUUUUGAAAUAGAACGUGCAUCGACUGGAGACGCUAUAUAUCCGAAUGUCUCCAAUGCCUCUACGGUACUCAACAACUGGUAUGAUUCGCCCAGAAUUCUGCAGUCCGUUGGGCCGCUUCGAAAUGCAAAGUCCGCGAACUUUCCAAUGACCUAUGUUAAACCGUAUGUUUUAAAGCGAGAUGACGAUAUGGAAGAAGAUGAAGAUUUGGCCCAGGCUGAAACAUACGCUGAAUACGUGCCAAUGAAACUCGCACACUUGGUUAUGUGUGGUCGUGGAAAAGGCGGCAAAGGUUUGGGGAAAGGAGGAGCAAAAAGACAUCGGAAAGUUCUUCGAGAUAAUAUUCAAGGUAUAACAAAGCCCGCAAUUCGUCGUUUGGCCCGUCGUGGUGGAGUUAAGCGUAUUUCCGGUUUGAUUUAUGAAGAAACACGCGGAGUGUUGAAAGUUUUUCUGGAAAACGUCAUUCGUGAUGCAGUUACCUACACCGAACACGCGAAACGAAAAACAGUGACUGCUAUGGAUGUUGUUUAUGCCCUCAAAAGACAAGGUCGUACUCUAUACGGAUUUGGGGGCUAG